UCGACGAGCUCCAGUGGAAAAUUGAUUGUGAGUUUGUCAGUUUGAAGUUGUCUGAUUAAGAGCCAGGAUGGGUCUAAGUACUAAUCAAGUUGUUAUGCUGAUUUGCCUGAUCGGGGGCGUCGUUGGCGAGAUCACUGUAGAUUCCAGAGCCACGCUUGCGUUGAAGAAGAGAUCAGAAAUGGUGGGCUACUCUCUGCGGUGGUGUGACAUAUUCUACCAAGAAGAUUUCCCAAAGAACGUGGACUGUACGGGAAAGAACGAUUUGGUGUGGGAUUACUUCCCAUCCUGUUGUAACGGAGCCUACAACUGCAGGAACGGUGGCAUUUGGAAUAUCUACCUCUGUGCUCCAGGAUACGUUUAUGAUGCGUCAUUGGAAAGCUGCGAGGAGUUUUCGGAAGAUUCGUGUCCUUACGUCGGUGGAGGACCAGGAGGAGAUGACAUGACUACUGAGGAGGAUAUUCCUACGACAACUGAGUCCCAAGUAGUCAUCAACUGCAGAACCGUAGUGAAUGGCCGCAUUCCACACCCUACUGAUUGUACGAAAUUCGUCGAAUGCAUUGACAGAGUUCCCAACGUUCGUGAUUGUCUGGAAGGAUACGUUUAUUACGCACCAUUUGCUGUUUGUCUGCCUGGCAAAAAAGAAGCCUGUAAACUGUAUACACUUGAAGAUCUACAGUAAGAUUACUUUAUUUAGAACCGUUUCAUUAGGUAGAAACCUCCUGCAAUCAAAUCAUAAAUUUAUUCGGAAAAAAUGUGAUGGUUUUUCUGACCCACACUUGGAACACUUGGAGGUCUACAGCUAUAAUGACCUUAUCUGAAAUAAAUUAAUUCAAUAAAACAUAUCCCGUCAUAAAAAAUAUAAAUCUUAUCAAAAUUUUGUAUUGACACUGCUA